GCAAGGCAGUCAGCAAUAAUAUCGAAGACGACAAAGUGAUUUUACUAGGCGUGUGUGGAAUUCUGCACGGUUUUCGAGUAAAAAUCGUGAUAUUUGGUGAAUCUUUUCGCGAUCGUUUUCAGCAGUGAAAACAUCCCCAGCGAUUGGUGCGGAUAAAGGAUUACUUUGAUUGGUACCCAGAGCUCGACAUCGCGACUUACGGUGAAUUGCCACCGACCAGCGGCGGUCAGAAACACAUGUCACGCGAAGGAACGGGCCUACCCCGAGGCGGAACUGGCGGCACCAGCAGUGGACCACGUGAUUACGGAGCAACCAGCAGUAGUGCUGUGACGACGAUGGCGUCGUCGACCGAUGCGAGCAACUUUGGCGGGUUCAGUCCGACGGAAUUCAUUUCGCUGAGCGAAUCCAUCGCUGCCAAUACUAUCUUUGUGAAGCAGAGCUGGCAGUUUCUGGAGAAAGCCAACCGGACUAUCGGAACGCCCAAAGAUAAUCAGACGCUGCGGGAUAAAGUGCAUGAUAUUCAAACUGGCACUAACCAGAGGAUUUCGACCACCAGCAAGGAUCUGCAACGGCUGACGGUGGUGGUGAGGAGAGGUGAUAAGCAACAGAAGCUGCAGGUCGAGAAACUUACUUCCGAUUUUACCCAUGUUGUUCAGAUGUAUUCCAAGAGUCAGCAGGUCAUUGCUGCCAAGAUGAAGCAGGUCCUGCUGGUGAAUGCCUCCCAGCAGGAUGACAUGCACCGCGAUAUGAUAGGAUUCGGCGAUGGUAGCAGUGCUACUGGAGGCAGCCAGCAGCAACAGCAGGAACAGCACCUCCGUCAACAACAGAUUCAACGGGAUCUGCAGUUCGAACAGGACAUGCUACUGGAACGGGAGCAACGGGUGCGUCAGAUCGAAGCCGACGUACUGGACGUAAGACAAAUCAUGCAGGAACUGAGUAGUAUCACCAACCAGCAGAGCGAAGUUAUCGACACAAUCGAGAACACCAUCGAACAUGCGGUCUCCAAUGUGGAGUCGGGCCACACGGAGUUGGAAAAGGCGGUCGAGUAUCAGAACCGGUACCGGCGCAAGGUGAUCAUUCUGCUGCUCAUUGCUGUGAUACUGGGAAUGAUUAUUACCGGAAUCAUCGUGUCCAGGCUGAAAAAUUAAGCCUUCCACACACUCCAUGGUGCGCUUCGUUUCGUCGAUUUUCAUUUUUAGUCUGUAAGAGUUAUUAUUUUUUAUCCAAAUGUUACAACUUUAGUAAGUCGUCUGUUCGGUCACGUUUUCUACUUGUAUAAAUGAAGAUAUUUCUACAAAAUAGGGAAAACAUAGUUCUCGAAUACAACAAAUGUGGCUGGAACAAAACUUUCUCGAUACAAAUAGACAUGUAAACAUGAUAUUCAUAAUGAUUUAACAUAAAAUUGUAUUCAACACGAAGUUUUUGUUUUGAUUUCCUCAGCAAGCGAUUUCACCGCUACACAAAACUAAAUCAAACUUAUUCAAACUCUAGGUUAGGAAUACAAACAGAAUCAAAAUAAUCGAACGGAUUUACUAGGAAACUUAAAAAACAAAUAAAGUGUCUGCUUAAUCGAUUGAUUUUGCGCUUGUUGCGAAGAUAACAUAUAGAGAGGACGUUUAUUUAAAUUCGUCAAUGUUGUAUGAUACAUUUGCAGUAGAAGAAUAACGUCUGUUUAUAGCCGUUUAGGGAAACUAACUACAACAGUUUGUUUACUUUUCUUGUUUUGCAGUACAAUUAGUGCGAACCGAACAAUUAUAACAAUAAUGAAAAAUAUUAUAAUCAAUAAAUAAACAAAAACAGUGA